GGACGAUGUUCGGUCUUCGCCUUCGCGCAGUCCAUGGCAACCGCGUUGGCUUAUCGCGUGCGUCGUGCCGAGGCCUGUCAGGCUUCACGAUCGUCACGGACGCUCCUGCCACGGUUAAUGCUUCAUCCAUGGAGUUGACCCCGGAGCAAGUGGUGUACCAAUUGGACCAACAUAUCAUUGGACAGACGGAUGCGAAGAAGGCGGUGGCCGUGGCGCUGCGCAACCGCUGGCGGCGCCGUCAAAUCGAAGGACCGAUUCGGGCAGAGAUUUCGCCCAUGAAUAUUCUCAUGAGCGGACCCACGGGGUCGGGCAAAACGGAGAUUGCGCGGCGGUUGGCAACGUUGACAGCGUCGCCGUUCAUCAAAGUGGAAGCGACCAAGUUCACAGAAAUCGGCGUCUUUGGCGCGAAUGCCGAGUCCAUGGUGAAGGACCUCGUGGAAGUGGCCGUGGAGAUGGAGCGCACCGCAGUCCUGAAGAAGAAUGCCACGGCAGCGCGGGACCGCGCCAUCGACCGCCUUGUGGCCGCCUUGACCGUGCGCACCGAGCUCGUGUCCGAGGCGUUGCGGCGCCGUCUUCGCGAGGACAUUGCAUCUGGCGCCGCCGACGACAAGCUCGUAACUGUCAAGCUAAAGCCCGUGCAGUCGUCGUCGCAGAAAUCUCGCAUGAUGAGUGACAUGGACAUGCCGCCGGAACUGGAUCAAGCGAUGCGGCAAGUGUCGGAGAUGCUGGGCAAACUGAACGGAUCCAAGUCGACCAACUCGAAGGGGUCGUCCACUGCUAACUCGCAUCAGACGCUAACCGUCAAGGAAGCGCUGCCGAAACUCCAGGCCGAAGAAGCGGCGUCGUUCGUCGUCGAGCAAGACAUUGUACGCCGCGCCUUGGAGAACGUCCAGAGCAACGGCAUCAUCUUCCUGGACGAGAUCGACAAACUUGCUAGCGAACGGCAUAGCCACACGAGCAGCUUCCGCAAGGGCGAAGGGGUCCAAAAGGAGUUGCUAGCUCUCACCGAAGGCUGCGCCGUGACCACCCGCCAUGGCGUCGUCUACACGGACCACAUCCUCUUCAUCGCCAGCGGAGCGUUUCAUAACGUCAGCCCAUCCGACUUGAUGCCCGAGCUCCAAGGUCGACUGCCCAUUCGCGUCAACUUGACUCCGCUGACAGCUCAAGACUUUGAGCGGAUUCUCACCGAGACCCAGGUAUGCAUUGUUGUCCUUUCUUGGAGUGUAUGACUCGAUGAUGAACCAUCCACAUUGCACAUAUUUGCACAUUGCAGUUCAAUCUCCUCGACCAAGUCCGCGCCCUCAUGGAUACGGAGCGGGUGGCGGUGACGUUUACCCCCGACGCCGUCCACGAGAUCGCGCACGUAUCCGCCAAGGUCAACAGCCAGACGGACAACAUUGGCGCGCGGCGGCUGGCCACGGUCGUGAGCAAGAUCACCGAGCACAUGUCGUUCCACGCGCCAGCGCUCGCGGGCACGGAUGUGGUCAUUGACAAGAGCUACGUCCAAGCGCAUCUCAAGGACAUACUCAAGCAAACCGACUUGACCAAGUACAUUCUGUAGAAAACUAGCAUAUCAGGAUGGUGUCUGUCGACUUUUCCAGUUACUAUUUGGUUGAAUCCACAACGAGACCCCAAGUACAUAGGAGAUCUUUUGCAGCAAUUAUAUAAAUUUAGCCACGAUCCAUGGGUUUCCU